GUUUGUCAAAAUAAACGUGACAAACACACAAAUAUUUUCAAAAUUUAUAAUAAUAUAUUGUAAAAUAAUAUUUAAUCGUUGAUUGUCAUCAAAAUGAGUAUUUUAGCAAAAGGAUUCAACUUAUUUCGUUCACAAGUAGGAAAAUCCGUAGAAGCAUCAAAAGUAUGGAGUCUUACAAAAUCAUGUGUCGACAACGCAUUUACAGGUUUGGCUGAGUUCAAAAGAAUGGGCUCUUCUUUAUUUCAAAUGCACAAAAAAGGCCCUCACGUUAAAAAACGUAACAAACGUCGCCCUUUGGACGGCAAACCCUUUGCCAAAGGUGUCGUCCUUAAAACGCUUAUUAAGAAACCAAAAAAACCAAAUUCCGCUAACAGAAAAUGCGUACUUGUGAAACUGUCUACUGGAAAAGAAAUGGUUGCUUAUGUACCUGGUAUAGGUCAUAAUCUUCAAGAACACAACAUUGUACUUUGCCGAGUAGGUCGAGUAAAAGAUACACCAGGAGUUAAAAUAAAAUGUGUCAGAGGUAAAUAUGAUUUGCCUCAUGUAAUAAAACCUGAGCCGAAGUAAAAAAAAAUAUAUACAUUAUUAUAUCAAUAACUAGUUAAUAAUAAAUAAAAUAUUAACAAUA